CUGGAGAAAUCUCUGCUCUGUUCUGGAGAUCUCAGAAUGUCUGCAUCAGGAUUCUUACUUCUGCUCAUAUCUGCCAUGAUCGGAUGUGCAGCUCCACAGGUGGAGAACGGUAAAACAUGUGACAGGCCUUACAUAAAUCAUGGAUCUAUGUACUACAAUUACAAUUUUCCAAGACGCCUUGGAACAUCUGUAGAUUAUCGGUGUGAGAGAGAUUACCUGUCCCAUCAGAGACAAUACUGGGGGAGGAUAUAUUGCACUGACCUUGGAUGGAAUCCAGAACCAAAAUGCUCAAGGACCGAUGCGCAGUGUGGUCCACCACCAGUUGUACAAUAUGGAGACACCAUAAGCUUUAACAAACCUUUCUAUAAAUCUGGUGAAUCUGUGGAAUAUAAAUGCUCAGAAUAUUAUAUUCUUAAAGGAAACAAGAUUGUGAGAUGUUUAAAUGGCGUCUGGGAUGAAGCACCAGUUUGUCUAGAGCCAUGUACUGCAAAGGAAAAGGACAUGAGAGACAAUAAUAUAAGGACAAAGUGGAGACAGGAUGCAAAGCUUUACAGUGAACAUGGUGACUUGAUAGAAUUUAUUUGCCAAUCUGGAUAUGAAGCUCCUCCUGGCACUCAGAUGAAAGUUACUUGUGAUCAAGGAAAACUGGAAUAUCCAAAAUGCUUUAAAUUAGGGACCGGUGCGCAGUGUGGUCCACCACCAGUUGUACAAUAUGGAGACACCAUAAGCUUUAACAAACCUUUCUAUAGAUCUGGUGAAUCUGUGGAAUAUAAAUGCCCAGAAUAUUAUAUUCUUAAAGGAAACAGGGUUGUGAGAUGUUUAAAUGGCGUCUGGGAUGAAGCACCAGUUUGUCUAGAGCCAUGUACUUCAAAGGAAAAAGAUAUGAAAGACAAUAAUAUAAAGCUAAAGUGGAUUAAGGAUCCAAAGCUUUACAGUGAACAUGGUGACAAAAUAGGCUUUCAGUGCCUUAAUGGAUAUGAGGCUCCUACUGGCACUCAGCUGAAAAUUACUUGUGAACAAGGAAAACUGGAAUAUCCAAAAUGCUUCAAAGCAGGUUUUUGUGUAUUAAAUCAACCAACAAUGAUUACUCAGAAUAUUCAUUACAAUGUAAGCACUAUAGUGGACAAUGGACAAACAAUUACAUUUCAAUGUAUUGAAGGCACAAUACCAGAAAAUAACCUGGAAGCCGAAUGUAAAUCAAAAACAAUAAUCUAUCCAAAAUGUACUGCAUCAAAAAGCUGCGCAACUCCAAAAAUCGAAAAUGCAUUCCUCAAAACUGAACCCCAGGACAGUUAUGACUCAGGCUCAUAUAUCGAAUUUGAGUGCAACGAAGACCAUGUAAUAAAUGGGCCUAUAAAUGUUAAAUGUGAGAAUGGUCAAUGGACCGAACUACCAGUAUGUUACCGUCCAUGUAAAAUCUCCACAGAAAAUCUUAAUUUACACAACAUUCAGCUCCUUCCAUCUGACAAUUCUGACAAUAAUCCUGAUAUCACUCAUAUACACGGCACACGAUUCAGUGUAACCUGCAAGUCAGGAUUUAGACGACCAAAUCAAGCAGCUUUGGUGAUUGAAUGUUCUGAUGGAGAAUUUAGGUAUCCUAAUUGCUUCUCUGGAAAGACAUGCCGAAUAGAUCAAGAUGAACUUGAUAAAAACAACUUGGAAUUAGAUGAAGUCCAUGAUAAUGAAGUAUACUAUGAAGAAAAUGAGAGAGUGUACUUUAAAUGUAAGACUGGAUAUUAUCGUAGGACUAGACCUAUCGGAAAAUGUUCUGGAGAAACACUGAUCUAUCCAAGCUGUACAGCACAAUCUUCUGUGUGAUUACAAUAAAUAUAUACAGGAUGUAACUGCAGCCAACAAAAAAACAGGAAGAAGAAACCUGCAAUGACAACUAUAGACAAACAGCAUUGUUUCUAAAUGUAAUCACAUAUAGAAGUCAUUAUAUACUGUGAAUUGUUUUA